AUGGACCCAGUUUCAGUAAUUGGCAUCGUACAAACCUGCUUCACGCUAGGACCGGAAGUCAUCAAGAUAUGUAAGAACUGGAAAGAGGCUGGCAAGGAGGUUGAACAGCGGAUACUUAUUGUUGAGAGCUGCUGGGAUCGAACACGGCGACAGGUUGACUUCAUGUUACACAUCGAAUCAGCGAUUGACGACGAGCUGUUGCGCAUCCUAGAUGGGUUACUUGGCCAGCUGUGCAUCAGCCUUACGGAUGCCAAGAACAAACUCGAAACAGUCACCAAAAGAGAGUCGCUUUCACGGCCUGGCUUUUUAUCUUUCAGGUCAAAGGCCAAAAAUGCGUCCUGGGUUUGGAAAAAGGAAGCCAUCGACGACAUUAUCGCCGAGCUCGAGGCAUGGCAGCGCCGUUUUGAUCCAUCAUGGUUUCUGCUCAUGAGGAUCACAAGUCCCACGAUUGACAGCGAACUAUUGAGCGCAAGGAAGAAAGGGCUUGGACUUGAAGGGUCAGUCAUAGCAUCAAACAAUCCACUGGCUCUCGCAGCAGGGUUGCGAAAUGUGCUAUCUCCUGAUCUGAGCAAGUUCAAGUCGCUGUUCCUGCCAGAAUCGCCCAUGGAAUGGUGCGAUAUCCCUUACACAGGUAUCAAGUUGGCUCGGAGGACGUCAGGAAGUGAUAAUAAGUGGUACGUGAUUGAUCGUAUCGACGUACGCUCGGGCGCGAAGGUGCGCGAUGUCAUGCGCGAUGUCCGAGUAUUGUCGGCCAGAUUGUCGAAAUCUGAUCCAUUGGUAUUCGGAUUGCUUAGCUGCAAAGGCGUUAUUGGAAUUCCCCGCAGCAAUACACCCCCUGAACCAACGAAAUGUUUCGAAAGCCAACAGACUUCAAGUCUACCACUACGAUCACGAUCUCCCCGUCUCGACAUGUCUGGAGAUCAUUCACUCCACAAACCCUCAGCGAGCCAACAUGACUACAGCUGUUUUCAGAUAGUCCUCCGUGUCCCUCAUGGCAUGAAUCAAUUGCAGUCACUGCGGCAGAUCCUACUUGCUUCCGGGGAGGAACCGUCACUAUCGCGCAAAGUGCGCAUCGCUCGGGAACUUGCCAAAGCUGUCAGCUAUGUUCACACAUUUGCUUUCGUGCACAAGAACAUCCGACCUGAGUCGAUUCUAUGUUUUGAAGACGCGAAGUCAUCACAAAGCCACGCAUUUCUGGCCGGUUUUGAUGCUUUCCGGGCAUCCGAUGCGGGCACCAUGAUGGCGGGCGAUCUAUCCUGGGAGAAGAAUGUGUAUCGGCAUCCUCUUCGGCAGGGAGAAGAUCCGACAGAGACGUUUAAUAUGCAACAUGAUAUUUACAGCCUCGGUGUCUGCUUGCUUGAAAUUGGUCUUUGGGAAUCGUUUGUCGAAUAUGAUUGCGAACGUCCUGAUCGCGGCCCUUACUUGGCAAAGUUUGGAAAAACUUACCACAGAUUUCGGGCGUAUUCGAAAAGCAAGACGCCUAACAAUCAUGCAAUAAAAGCCUCAAGCUUCCUAGAUCUGGCGUUUAGCCUCAAGGACUUCUUGGUCAACGAAGCCUCGACUAAAUUGGCACCACGCGUGGGCGACAGGUAUAUGCGCGUCGUUGUCUCUUGCUUAACUUGUCUCGACGAGGACAAUCUCAACCCGGGCGAGCCAGGCGAUGACACGGAAGAUCUUGUUGCUAUACGAUUUAUUGGGACUAUAUUGAAGGAUUUGGAUGAUAUCAGAGUGUAA